AUGAGCAGAGAGAUAGAAGUGCAUAAUCAUCAUCUAAAUGGCAGUUUGCCCGCUGAUAAUGAUAUUCCCGAUGAUUUGAGAGAGUUUUUGUCAGAAGUAGAAGGUGUUAGUUUGGAAGAAGCUAUCUUGCAACAGGCAAGCGUUUAUCAAUCAUAUCAAGAAUCUGGUAGGAACAGGGCUGUGGCUACAGAUGAUGAGCACUCGAGUUGUUCUUCAGAGGAUGAGGAAGAAGAUGAGGAUGAGGAUGAAGAUGCAGAUGCAGAUGAAGAUGAUGGCGAAUCCUCAGUGCAUGAAAUUGUUAACUCACAAGAAGUCACUGAUGAAGCUUAUGCUAGAUCCUUACAAGAAUUUGGGGAGGAAUAUGAUGAGUUCAUGAUAACCGAAUUCAGUGGCAGAGCAAGUGGUGUCACAGAAAGUCCUUUGACACACGUAUCCAGUCCAGAUUCAAGCCAAGAUGACAUUGACCCUGAUAAUAUGCGAUAUGAGGAAUUACUAAACCUUAGUGAAACCAUUGGUGUUGAAAACAUAGGACUAUCCACAGAGCGCCUUUCACUGUUACCAAACUACAUCUACACAUCCGGAAUGUUCUCAAAGAACAAGGAAGAAAGCUGCGUGAUAUGUCAAGAGAAUUUCAAAUUCGGGAAACGCGUGAUAUCGUUGCCUUGUUCUCAUCAGUAUCAUAGUAAAUGCAUCAGCGAGUGGUUGAAGCUCAAGAAGAAUUGUCCUAUUUGUCAAAAGGAGGUGGUAUAAGUCUUUUGAAGAAAUGGUGGAACUUGCAUGAAAAUGAACCAGCAAAAAAAAAAAAAAACUGGUAAUUUGUGUUUCAUGAUUUCGUUUUUUUCCAUUUUGUGUAAAUAAGUAUUGCUGGAAAAUGCUGUUUGGGCAUGGAAUGGUUGGGAUUUGUUUAAGAUAAUAUAAAAGUUAGAGUAAAUUACAUAUUUGAUCCCAAAACUUUGGUGUCCACAACACCUUUGGUCCAACUAUGGUGAUUGUUGCAGAAAUGAUCCUUAUUUAUUUCAAACUAAAUUAGCAGUUUGGUUCCUCCCUAUUGACUCUGUUUCCCUUCCACUGUUAAGACCUUCUCAUGUGCUGUGCACAUGAGGGUAAAACUGUCAUUUUUGCCCUCAAAAUGCACCACUCUCCCUCUCUUAACAUGUGUGGACGUAUAUAUCUCUUUCUUAAGAUAUAUGGUAAAGUUUCAACAUGUCUACAUGUUUAUACAAAAAGUUUUUUUUUUGAAAGAGCUGUUUAUAAAAAAAAAAAAAAUAAGUUUUCUAUCACUCUUCUCAGCCUCUUCCGUCAAAUUACCCAACUUUCAUAGUAGCUCUUCUUUCGGCUUUUUCCAUCAUAUUAAUCAUAGGGACCAUUUCUGCAACAAUCACGAUACUUGGACCAAAGGUGUUAUGAACUCCAAAGUUGCGGGAUCAAACAUGUAAUUUACUCUAAAAGUUAUGAGUUUGAAAUCCGUGGAUGUCAGCUAUAUAUAACGGCACCUAAAAACCCAACACCAAAUUUAGUGUUAAUUACUCCAUCUCAACUUCAUAUAAGGGUAAUACAAG